AAUGUAUCGAAGAAAAAAUGUUCGCAGACGCUGGUCGUUAGACAACAUGAUACAGGCGGUCAAGACGGUGCGCGACGGAAUACCUAAAAGAGAGGCAUCGCGGAAGUACAAUGUCCCAAGGAAAACCCUAGACCGUUAUUUACGGAAAUCAACAGCUGGUGAGAAAGUUGAAAUGCCGCCGUUGGGGAGCCUGUUUCCGGUAUUUUCACGCGUGCAGGAAGAUGAAAUGAUUAGUGAACUAAUGAAGUUUAGCCAAUCGGGAUAUGGUUUAACUUCUCGUGAUGUUCGAAGCUUGGCCUUCGAAAAGGCAGAGGAACUCGGUCUAGAUCAUCCGUUCAACCGUACAGUUAAACUCGCUGGGAAGGACUGGCUCAAACACUUCAUGCUCCGCAAUUCUUCCCUGGCCCUUCGAAAGCCAGAGGCAACAUCAAUGGCACGCAUUAAGGGGUUCAACCGGAACAGUGUGCAGGAGUUCUGGAACUUGCUGGAAACGGUUUUUAAUGACCAUGAGUACUCUGCAUCUCGUAUAUGGAAUAUGGAUGAAACGGGAGUUAGUACGGUACCAACAAAAGCAUCCAAAAUUGUUGCCAAAAAGGGGCAACGUCAUGUCGCAGGAAUCUCAUCUGGUGAAAGGGGGAUCACGACAACAGUAAUUUUUGCGAUGUCGGCAGCCGGGAACUACGUGCCACCGUUCUUUAUAUUCCCCCGGCAGAGAGUUCAAGAGUCGUGGAAGCAGGGUGCUCCACCUGAUUCAAAAUUCCAGUGCUCUCCAAGAGGAUGGAGCACAAUGGAAACAUGCAAUAAAUGGUUAGACCAUUUCAUAGAAUACGUGAAGCCUAAUUCUGAUGCGCCGGUGCUGCUCAUUUUAGAUGGGCAUUCGACUCAUACUAGAAAUUUUAGCAUGCUAGAAAAGGCCAAACAGAACCACGUACGAGUUAUUUCGAUGCCUCCGCAUACGUCCCACAAAUUGCAACCUUUGGACGUUGCGUUCAUGGGCCCUCUAAAAAAAAAUUACUCGAGAGCAGUGGAAUUAUUUUUAAAAGGUAAUCCGGGGCAGGUUGUAACUCUGAACAACAUAUCAGCACUGGUCAAGGAUUCUUUUGUUAAAUCGGCUACGUUGUCAACGGCUAUGAACGGUUUUAAGGCUACAGGAAUAUUUCCAUUUGAUCCUAAUAUUUUCACUUACGAUGACUUUGCGGCCUCAGAUGCAUUGCAAGCUCAGGAGUGCCAAAACGAUUCUGUCACAGUUUCCUCUGUAAUUGUUCCUGAAGGUGACGCCAUUGAUUCACAUCUGUUCUUGAAAAAUCCACCUGCAGUGGUUGAGUUAAUGGAUGCUCAUGCCCUGGAAGAUUCUUUCGAAAAUUCUUCAACUGCUCCGAAUACAGCAGCUUCUGCCGUGUGUCAGUAUGAUAUGAACGUCACGAACCGUCAAGCUGAUCACACAAUGGAUCAAAUACCAGCGGGCUACAUCGAUUUGAGUUUACUGAGUGAAGAUUUUUCAGGACCAAGCAAUAUGGUAGAACCAGAAGUAAAUUAUCUACUGGAUGAUACAUGCCAGAAUUCUAUCAAAAUGCCAGUCGCGCUAGUACAUUCAAUCAUUAAUACUGAUCUGAAUGAAAUGAACAUUGCUGAGUAUCAAAUAGUGAAUGCUAAUAUGAGCCAAAUGCAAGGUGACAGUGGAUCAAAUCUGUACUUGUUGAAGAAUCCACCUGCGGUGGUAGAAUUAGUGGAUGCUCAUUUCCUGGAAGAUUCUUUCGAAAGUUCUUUUACUGUUCCGAAUGAGGCUCCAGUCUGCAAUGCGAAUUUGUUUGACGCAAACGUCACGAAUUGUCAAGUGUUUAACGACAUAGCCGAUGAAAUACCAGUGGCUGAUUGGGUUGCAAAUGGCUUGAAUUCUGAUUUGGACUGUUUUGUAAUGAAUCCUGAAGAGUAUUACGUCAUGGACUCACAAGGAAAAGUGACUAUUCAAUCACAUCCUGAUCAAACGAUGACACCUUCGGUCUUCAGUGACGCUUCAAAUAGUCAAGAUCUGAUGAAACCAAAAGUUAAACGAAGUCGCUGGGAUAAAAAAAGUCGUAAUAAUACGAAGCCAUGUGAUACCGACUUUCAAUCAUCUUCGUUGGAGAUAAGCGUGAAUUCCGGAAUAAAGAAACGAUCCAAAUCAUCAAAGAAAAAGGAAGUAUCGGCUGACCUCACAUCCACUACGCACAGACAGAAGUUACUGAAACUCGCUGCACAGAAAGACCUUAAGCUUAUCAAAAAAGCAGGACGCAAAGGUGGAAAAAGGACAACUGCAAUAAAUGCAGUAGAAGACAUUCUAUGUUCUUACUGUGGGACUUGCUUCAGUACAUCCGACGAAGGAAAUGGUUGGCUCAAAUGUGUCUCGUGUCAAAAUUGGUUCCACUCAGAAUGCAGCGCAUCUGAUCGCGUAUACCUGGAAUGUGGAAAUUGCUGAUCUAUGUCAGCACUCUCAUAAAUGUAUAACAAACACUGUCUCUAUUAUAAAUUAUCAUUUGCAUUUUUUCGAAAUGUUUUAA